GGUCUUCUGUUGACGUCUCCGUCAACUUUCCACCGCCAUGCUGCCAAAAUCUAUAUAAACUAGCUCAGCAUCGUCAACCUCAUUCUUGAUUUCCACGCCUCGGCUUUGCAGUCACCUGAGCAUCAAUUUACUCGCCAGCAACCCAAGAUUCUCAAAGCAUCUUUGUCUCCGUAGCUGCUUCGCCUUCCCUGUACCCUCGGAUUCGGGAUCAUUCCCAGACGAACCAUUAUGAACAUGGAUUAGGUGAAGAGAUUAUAUUUUCUGUGAGAAGCCGUCGUUUCUCGCAUAAGGCCUUUCUUUCAAUAGUCGUGUCUUCCCAGGACUUUUCUGCAGGCCAGUGACGGGAGUUGCUGGAAACCGGUCAUAACCCAGAAGUCAACAAAUCAUAAGUAGAAGUCAACGCGUCGUAAAUUGGACCAUAACUAGCCGUGAUUAGAGGAGGCGUGACGACGAGCCGUGACUAGACGAGACAAUGGCGGCCGUAUCGUCACUGACGGCGGACCACGAGUGGCUGCUGUGUCGCCUGAGGGAAUGCCUGGACCCGGGAAACACCAACCGCGCUGUCGCAGAGGAGGCGCUGCGGCAGGCCGAGGCGAUGGCAGGCUAUGCACCAGCGCUGAUGGCGGUAACACUCAACAAGGGCCUAGACGCCGGGACACGCCAACUGGCAGCAGUGCUGCUGCGGCAGAUGGUGCAGAAGCACUGGCAGGCAGGGGACGAGGAGGAGGAGGAGGGAGACAGAGGAGUGAGGGGUUUUACUGUGUCGCCAGAGAACAAGGCAGCCGUGCGGUCUCUGCUCCUCCAGGGGCUGGUGGACGAGGAGCCCAAGGUCCAGGCAGCUGUGGGGCUCGCCAUUGCACACGUGGCAUCCUGUGAUUGGCCGGAGGAGUGGCCGGACCUCAUGGACCAUCUGAUGGCCGCCCUGGCGGACACGGCAAAUCCCAAGAGAGUGGCAGCAGCCGUGGAGUGCCUGUCCCUCUUCGCAGAGGAGAUAGACGACUCGCAGCUGCCUGCUCUCGUGCCCAAGCUCUUCCCCCCCAUCUUCGCCAUCGUCUCCAACCCGCACCAGGCAUACCGCCCAUCGGCACGCAGGGGAGCGCUGAGUGUGCUGAGAGCGACAGUGGCCACGUUGGGAAUUAUGAGCGCCGUUUACCAGAAGGAGAGCAAGGCGAUAAUAUCCGAGUCCUUGCCCACAUGGGUGGCGCAGUUCUCUGCCAUCCUCUCCGCACCGCUCUCCCAAGACGACCCGCAAGACUGGGGUAUCAGGAAAGAGGUGCUCCGCUGCUUGACUCAGCUCAUUCAGCAUUUCCCUGCUCUGCUCGAGUCGUCCAUGCCAGGCAUACUGGCAGCGUUGUGGCAGAGCUACGUGUCUGGCAUCCCCCUCUACGAGCGACUAGUGGUGGCGGGCUUACCGCUCAUGCCCGCCCCUGCUGCUGCUGCUGGGACAGGGGAAGCAGGGUCAGCGACCAGCAAUGACGCCCCACAGUCAGGACAAGCAGGGACAGGGGGAGUGGGGGGAGGGGAAGGGGGAGAGGGCCUUGAAUCUGCAGCAGAUGAGCUUUCAGCUCUUGCCAUUCAGGCCUUUGAGUUCCUCCUGACUCUCGCCACCAACUCCAGAUUCCAAAAGGGCCUGCAAGGCACAACAGAGGCACUGGUCUACUUCGCCAUAGGCUACAUGCAGAUCACAGCAGCCCAGGAGGAGGAGUGGUCGCAGGACACCAACGAGUUUGUCUCAGAGGAGGACGACGAGGCCAUCAGCUGCCGAACCUCCGCUGCCGCCCUGCUCGAGGAGCUGGUGGCGGAGUUCAAGGAGGAGGCCGUGCAGGGCAUCUCCACGGCGGUGCAGCGGCGGCUGGGCGACACAGUGGUGAACCCCACGGAGCAUGCCCCCGCGUGGUGGAAGUUGCGUGAAGCUGCUAUCUUUGCUGCUGGAACAGUGGCUGACACCUUUCUCCAAUACGAGAUGGAGGGCAAGCCUGUCUUCGACUCUAAGGCGUUCCUCGAUGCACUGCUAUUGCACGACCUGGGCCCAAACGGAGCGGUCAACUUUCCCUUCCUCUACUGCCGCUGCCUCUGGGCUGCUGCCAGGUUCGCCUCUGAGGCACCGACAGAGAAGAAGGUCCAGCUGCUGCGGGUGGCAGCAGAGUCUCUCAGCAAGGACAGGCCUCUGAUCAUCCGCAUAGGAGCAUGCAGAGCCCUCUCUCGCCUGGUGCCCAACAUGCAAGCCCAGGACCUGCGGCCCGUGCUGCCUGCCAUCUACACCGGCAUCAGCGACAUGCUGCCAGAGGUGUCGGACGACACUCUCCAUCUCGCCCUCGAGCUGCUCACUGCUGUCAUCCGCUCAGACGAGGAGGUGACAGCUCAGAUGGAGCCGGUGGUGACGUCAGCACUGCUGGGCAUUUGGGCGGAGCAUGUGAACGACCCCGUGAUCAGCUCCGACACCAGCGACGCCCUCGAGGCCAUGGCCGACCUCCCCGCCUGCAUCGAGUCCAUACUCCGUGCGGCCAUCCCCCCGCUCUCUGCCAUCUUCGCCAAGCCAGAGGAGCAACCCAACGGUUUGGUGGCAGGAGGGAUGGAGCUGCUGACAAUGCUGCUCAAGCGCACGCCUGCCCCUCUGGUGCGGCCGGUGUUUGACGCGCUCUUUGCGCCACUUGCCACCAUCGUGCUGCGAUCCGACGACCACACAGAGCUGCAGAACGGCGCGGAGGCGCUCGCCAUGUUCGUGCGCAAGGGAGGGGAGGAGCUGGUGGCGGGCAGUGCCGACCCCGAUGGCACCAUGAAGACCCUGCUGGACGCUGCUGCCAAGCUAUUGAGUCCGCAGCUGGAGCCGUCCGCGUCUCUCUUCGUGGGCCCGCUGCUGGUGCAGCUGAUCCGGCGCCUGCCGUCACGCAUGGCGCCUCACCUGCAGCCGCUCGUGGCGGCCAUCGUCCACCGCAUGGCUGCCAAGCGCAUGCCCUCGCUUUCUGUCUCGCUGCUGCUCGUCUUCGCACGGCUGGUGCAUUGGGCAUCACCAGACGUGCGCCCUCUGCUGGACCUCCUCUCCUCGCUGCCCCUGCAAGACCAUACCUCCGCCCUGCACUUCCUGCUCUCCGAAUGGGCCAUGUACCACAGCGACAUUCAUGGGGUAUAUCACAGCAAGGUGGCAUCAUCCGCCCUCGCGCUGCUGCUGGCCUCUCGUGACCCGCGCCUGCUGCAAGUGCCCGUGCAGGGCAAGCUGGUGGCGACGUCCAAGGGCGUUGUGACCCGGUCACGAGCGCGGGUGGUGGCGGACAAAUGGACGGAGAUGGCAUUCCCAGCUAAGGCGCUGUCGCUGCUGGCAGGUGCCUUGCUGGAGGCGAAGGAGGAGGGGGAGCAGGCAGAGGCUUUGAGGGGAAAGAGGGGGUCUGGGCAGGGGGAUGGCGAGGAUGAGGACCUGGAGGAGGACGAGGAGGAAGGCAAGGGGCGGGAGGGGCUUGACACGGGGCUGCCGCCUGUCUUUGCUUCAGCCGAGCUCUUCUCCCACCUGCUGGACCAGGAGUUUGGCGAGGAUGCAGGGGAUGAUGAUGACGAUGCUCAAGAUGACCCGCUCAAUCAGAUCAACCUGCCUGUGUUAAUUGCUGAUGUCAUCAGGCAGCUGGCAUCUCAGGAACCAAAUCUCUUCCAGACACUUUCUCAGGAUCUUACUGCGAGAGAGCGCUCAACCAUCCAGUCCACCCUCAGUGCAUCGUGAUAAGCACGUUUCUGCACUGUGAUCAGCACAUGAGAUUGCCGAUCAGCAAUUGAUUAUCGUCAAACAGUGAUACAUGCAGCAUGAUCGCAAUCUGUGCAUCUCGUGGCACCUGUGUGCACCAGGAGCAGCUGCAUGCUUCCCCCGCGCUUCUCGCCUCAUUUUUUAGGUCAAGCUGAGCAUAUUUGAUACGGUAGGGGCAGGGCUGUGCCAUCAGCCAUAGUGAAUCUCCAUUGGUGUGUAGUGUUCAUGGGUGCAUGUUUCUUCGAGCAAGCGCGUCCAACUGUACCAUAUGUAGCUCCGUGAGUGGGGCAAGUUGCAGUGUAGUGCUCACUAUAGGCUACUGGUAGUUGGCUAAUCACCUUUCAUCUAUCAGAUGGUUGCCCAGCCC